CAGAGAAAGAUUUUUUUGUUCAUAUUGGAACACAUCUGCGAAGUAACGAGACUGUUAGUUGUGUAUUUCUUGGUUGCCCUUUCAAAACAAAUAUUAAAAGUACAUUUUAUACACAUAAAAAGAGGAAGCAUCAUCCACACACACUGAAAGAUUUUAAAGCUGGUCUAGUUGCAUAUGUGAAACCACUGCAUGUGUCAGAUACCUCUGAUAAUGUGACAGCUAGCUGUUCUUCUGAUGUAUCAUAUGUUGACGUUGAAACAGAGUCAGUGACAGAAAGUGAUGACAGAGCUGUUGUAAAUCUACCAGAAUUAAUUGAGCGGAAAAUAGCUGUAAUAUUGUUGAAAUUGGAACAUAUAUUUCAUAUUCCAGCAACAGCAGUAGAUGAGUUAUUAGAAGAGUUGCAUUUUUUGGUAAGUUCAGCUUGUGAGCCAGUCACAAAGUGUAUAGUUACCGAAAUUUUCAAAAGCCAUAACCUACAUAUUGGUCAGGCUAUUAUUGAAGAGCUCUCCAAUUCCGUGUGUGUCUCUAACCCUGUGGCUAACAUUUUGAGAAAGUGUGGGCCUCUUGCCACUUCUUUUAAAAGGAAAAAAUACUACAAGCUACAUUUUAGGGUUGUAGAGCCUGUUGAGUAUAUUUUAUCUAAAGAACAAAGAAGGUCAUUUCAGUACAUCCCUUUAUUACAGUUAUUGCAGGAAAUACUGAGUCACAAUAAAUUACUGGAUAAAGUGGUUGAAGAACAAAUAGCUCAAAGAAAAAGAGAGGUUUUGUAUGGUGGCCAGAGGGUUUACAGGUCUUUUCGAGAUGGUGAGCAUUAUAAAACAAAUGGCUUUCUAGCUGUUGAGGAGUUGAGAAUUUCCAUAAAACUAUAUAUUGAUGAUUUCGAAGUUUGCAAUCCUCUUGGGACCUCACGCAAAAAGCAUAAGCUUUGUGGUGUAUAUUGGGUCUUGGACAAUUUACCUCCUGGCUCCCAUUCUGCUCUGUCAUCCAUUUAUUUGGCUGUUCUUUGUAAAAGUGAAGAUUUGAGGACAUUUGGGUUUGAAAAAGUGUUGGAUCCACUUUUGAAAGAUCUGGUAAUCUUAGAGCAACGUGGUGUGUUCAUUAGUCAGUUGAAUGAGUGUAUCAAAGGCACUGUGAAUUCUGUGAUAGCUGACAACCUAGGAGCCCAUGGGCUGGCAGGUUUCAUAGAAAGUUUUUCUGCCGAAUACAUCUGUAGAUUCUGCAUAGCUAAGAAAGCGGAAAUUCAGUCACUGACUGCUGGUGUUUUUGAGCGUAGAACGCGGGCACUCCAUGAAGGCCAUUUGAAGUGUGCUCUGGAAACAGCAAGUGUGUGCUGUGGAGUUAAAAGGGGUUGUGCUUUGAGUAAGAAUCUCACCCAUUUUCAUGUCACUGCAGGCUACCCUCCAGAUGUAGCACAUGAUCUGUUUGAGGGCAUAAUACCUGUUGAGCUUGCUCAUUGUUUUUGUCUUUUGAUCUCUAAAAAGUAUUUCACCUUAGAAAAACUUAACAACUUGAUCCAAAAUUUUGAGUACAAAUGGGGAGAUAAAACCAAUCAGCCUCACACAAUACCAAAAACAUUCUCAAUAAAAAAAAAUAUUGGGGGAAAUGCACAUGAAAAUUGGUGUCUGCUCCGAUUGUUGCCUCUGAUUAUUGGUCCACUUGUUCCAGAGGAUGAACCUACUUGGCAUGUUAUUUUGGAUCUCAAGGACAUAGUGGAUCUUGUUGUAGCCCCUGUCCAUUCUGAUGAGUCAAUUGCAUAUCUUGAAUGCAAAAUCAGUGAACAUCGCCAGAGAUACCAAGAGCUUUUCCCAAACAACCGUGUUCUCCCUAAACAUCAUUAUUUAGAGCAUUACCCUGCACUGAUUCGCCUCUUUGGGCCUCUUGUCCAUAAAUGGACAAUAAGAUUUGAAGCGAAACAUAGUUUCUUUAAACAGAUUGUUCGCCAUACCAACUGUUUUAAAAACAUUCCUCUCACACUUGCAAGAAAGCAUCAGCUCAUGAUUGCUUCUGACCUGCACUCUUCUGACCAUAGGACAUCUUUGGUGGUAACUAGUGUCUCAUCAGUACCAGUUGACGUUUUGCAAAGUGACAUUGCAAUUUCUAUUAAGCAAAGAUUACCAGAUGAGACUGAUGUCCAUAUUACAAAAAGUGUGUCAUACAAUGGUAUGAACUACAGCAAAGGAAUGAUUGUUGUCCAUGGACAAUUAUUUGGUCUGCCACAGUUUGCUGAAAUUCUGCAGAUCUGUAUUUUACAAAGCAAGAUACAUUUUAUUGUGAAGAAGCUCUCUGCUUGGUAUAGAGAACACUUUAGAGCUUUUGAACUUGACAUGUCACAUGUGAGAGAGGUGGCUCUGAUUGAGCAUGGGGACUUACUUGAUGACUACCCGUUAGCUUCCUAUUCACUGGGAGGCCUGCGUCUGGUUACUCUGAAGAGACACAUUAACUUACAGGAAAAAUGAGAGUAAUGUUUGUCUGGACAAUGACGCAGCCCAUAAGACUGAGAAUCAUCCUUGGUGAAAAUGAUGCGAGGAAGCUUAUUCUGCCAGCAGGGAUACCAGACUCCAUAGAGGAAUUGUGCCAGACAAUAAAGACGAGUUUUGGAUUGCAACAAGAUUUUCGGCUUCAGUAUCAGGAUGCUGAUUUUGGAAAUGAGUUCAUCAACCUUUCCGUGAUCUCCGAAGUAGUUGACAAAGCAACCAUUAAGGUGAUCCUUUUGCAAAGUUUUACUGAAGAUGAUGCAGUGAUAGGUCAAGCAGCCCAGGGCCUAACAUAUUCCUCAUCAGUCUCCUCGGUUGACACAGAUGAGACAGAGCCUGUUUCUUCAGAUUCGUCCUCAUCUUCAAGGCAGUGGGUUUGGCCAAGUGUUUUCCCAGUCCCUUCUUUCAGCUAUGAUGCUGAACUGCAACUUGAAAAGGCCAAUGCUGAGUACAAUGCCAGUGGAAUCCGCUUGAGCCCCUCACCAAAACUGAAGUCUGCCAUUUUGCAAAGACUGUCAGAAGAAAUUAUUAAAUUCAAAGCCUACCCAACUGACCUUGAUCUAAAUGAUGUUGCAGAAGCCCUUGUGAAAAAGCAUCCUUGCCUGUGGGAGCAGGGAUCCUUUAAUGGCUGUUAUGGGUGGAAGAUUAGCCUUAAGUAUAAAAUGGCCAACUUCCGGACAACUCUAAGAGGCCUCGGAUGUGCUGAGGUGACAAUAAAUUCUCUGAAGAACAAGCCCAAAGACAGAUGUGUUCCAGCAAUGAAUGUGAAAAAGCCCAGAAGGGCAGAAGUCAAUUAUUGUCCACCGCAUCCAAAAGGAGAAACUGAUGAGAGUCUGGAAAAGGAGAGAAUUUCCCUGCUUUCAGAGAUUACAAAGAGAAACAAUGACCAUAUAGUGACUGAGAAAAUGGACACGACUUUCUCAUACCGAAGGCAAGAGGUUCUUCAAGGACAGCCCUUGGUUGCAGACUUCAAAAGCAGAUGGCCAGCUCUGUUCAGUGGGAAAGAGAUUGAUAAGGAGUUCCUGCGCAUCUCAACUGUACCUCUAAUAUCUACAUUCUUUGCUGAGCUGGACCAGUACUCGCCACGCUUGAUGGCGAUCUUUCAAAAAAAAGGUGGGGUGGCUGGAAGAAAAAUAAGACGGAUCAUGGUGGCCAUCUCAAAGGAUGACACGAUACAUACAAGACGAGCAUGCAUCCUCAAGUCCUUGUGCAUCUACUUGAACGAAGACCACGAGAAACUUGUGAAGGAGUACUUGGCCACAGACAACGAGGCCAAAACUACCAUGGAGCAAACAGUGAUGGGAGUCUACGUCAUUGAGAAGGAGGGUGCUGAACCUGGAGAUGACCCAGAGGAUGUUGGUGUACUGGUUGAAGGUGUGGAGGUCCUCCAUGGCUUGGGGAGCAUUGCAAUGGCUUGUGCACUCUUAUUUGGACUCAUAUACUGUUUGAACCUGAGCUACCCACCAGAGCUCAAGUGCACGUUUGAGGUCCUGCAGAAGAUUCUGCUGAAGCUAGAUGGCCAGAGGUUGUCCUCAAAGGCACAAUUUCUGAAAAACAAGCUUCUGGAGUGAUUCAAGGCUGAGAAAGUCGUAAAAAGACAGAAGGAAUGCACAUAUCUUGAUUUAAUGCAGAUUAUUUUAGUUGCAAGUUCAUUCUACAUGCUUCUUUGUUAAAACAUUUUGAAUGUGCACCAGGACAAUUUUAUUUACAAAUAUUUUUUUUUUUUAUCAAAACAUAGUGAAAAGAUUGUGAGAAAUAUUACAGUAAUCUUUCACUACUUCUGAUUUAUUUUGCUGCAAUGCACAAGCAGAUUUUCUUUGGUUUUAACUCUAAUAAUUCACUGUUUAAAAGUGUUGAAAAAACAGCAGUUUUUUAGCAGUCCUGCUUGGCUUUAAAAUGGAGCUAACUGCUAACAUUAACAGAGGUUGCAUUGAGUUACAUUAUUAUGCGUUCAAGUAGUAAAAAUGAGUAUUGGGCGAAGGUAAAUGAUAACAUCAAGAUGUGUUAAAAUGUAAUCUUUUAUUCAUUUUUGUAGAGAAAUUUGAAUACAUACAACUCAGUUGUUGCACUCAUGCUAGUUAUAGUCAGGCACCUUCUUUUGUAAGGCUGCUGACAAGCAUUUUGCUCUUUGCUCAACGCAUUAUGUUUCCGGGCAAAAUUGUGACGUAUGUUGAGUUUUACUUUAAUCACUCUGCUGCUUGUUGCUACGUCAUCUACAGCUGUCAUCUCAUUGGUUGCGCUUCAAAAGGUCAGCGGAAACGGGGUCAAAGCUGAAAUAAUUUGAACUUUGAGCGCAGCGCUCAGUGGUGAUCAUGUGAAAGCAGCUGAAAAUGUGUUUUUAAUGUAACAUAUUUUUGUUCCAAAGUCUGUUUCAUUGGACUUAGAAUAAAAUGUUAAAAUUG